CACAAUUUCUCCUCCACCAUGGAUGUUCUUGUUUGUGAUGAAUUGAAGCUCAUCCAGUCAUCCUCAUGCAUAUGCAUAUGCAUAUGCUCUGACUGACACAGACCUCUCUGCACCUCUUAUCUGGACUUAUUUCCUUGUCACUUUCUUAGUCCUUGUCUUGUCACUUUUACCCCCCCUCAAAACUUCCAAUAUUCCUCCCCUCUCUAUCCCCACCACACACACACACAAAAACACACACUAAAAAAUCAUGCUUCAAUCUCUUAUCCUACAACCCACCCCAAAUCCUCCUUCUUCAUCCACCACCAUGAAUACAUCAAAAAGAACCAUCCAUGACUCCUCUGAAAAAACCCAAACAACAGAAUCUGAAGACCAAAACAAACGACAAAACGUGUCUGAACAAGACCAAAAUAUCGAUACCCGUGAUACAAAUAUUAUAGAAGAAGCUGAAUCAUCUGGUUUAAGACUUUUAGGAUUAUUACUCCAAUGUGCUGAAUGUGUUGCUGUUGACAAUCUAGACCAAGCAAACAAUCUGCUACCUGAAAUAUCAGAACGUUCAUCGCCAUUUGGUUCAUCCCCUGAACGAGUUGCAGCUUACUUCGCUGAAGCGUUACAAGCCCGAAUAAUCAGCUCUUAUCUCGGAACUUAUUCACCACUAAGUUUGAAAAAACUAGCCCAAGCCCAAACCCAAAAAAUAUGUUACGCUUUACAAUCUUACAACUCAAUCAGCCCAUUUAUCAAAUUCUCUCAUUUCACAGCCAAUCAAGCCAUUUUCCAAGCUUUAGAAGGUGAAGAUGGGGUUCAUAUUAUCGAUUUAGAUAUAAUGCAAGGACUCCAAUGGCCAGGAUUGUUUCAUAUUUUAGCUUCGCGACCACGAGCCUUGAAAUCGUUGAAAAUUACUGGGGUCGGGUCGUCGUUAGAGCUUCUAGAAGCGACCGGGCGAAGAUUACAUGACUUUGCGAAUUCGCUAAAUCUUCCCUUUGAAUUUGUUCCUUUGGAAGGAAAAAUUGGGAAUCUAAUUAAUAAGGAUAUUAUGAAUACAUUAGGUGUUGCAUCUAGUGAAACACUAGUCGUUCACUGGAUGCAUCACUGUUUAUAUGAUGUCACCGGUAGUGACCAUUCUACUUUAAAAUUGUUACAUUUAUUAAAACCAAAACUUAUUACUAUAGUUGAACAAGACUUAAGUCAUGCGGGUACCUUUUUAGGUCGAUUUGUCGAGGCGUUACAUUACUAUUCGGCCUUGUUCGACGCGGUUGGUGAUGGGCUAGAGUCCGAAAACGUUGAACGUUACACGGUUGAACAACAAUUAUUUGGCUGUGAGAUUAAAAAUAUUGUCGCGGUUGGUGGGCCGAAAAGGACGGGUGAAGUCAAGGUUGAAAGAUGGGGUGAGGAGUUGGGCCGGGUUGGGUUUCGGCCCGUUUCGUUAGCGGGUAACCCGGCUGCUCAAGCGAGUUUGUUGCUAGGGAUGUUUCCAUGGAAAGGGUACACAUUAGUUGAAGAAAAUGGAUGUUUAAAACUGGGUUGGAAGGAUUUGUCUUUGUUGACUGCUUCUGCUUGGCAACCGUCGGAUCUUGGAUAAAGUCAACGCUAGGAUGUGAUCAAACGGUCCAGCUUGGUCAACUUUGGGUUGAUGAUCAUAAUAAGUUUAAAAUUGUAAAAAGAUGGUGACUUUUUUUUUUCUUAUUAAAAAUUGUUCUUUGUUUGGGAUUAGUAAUUGAUUAUUAUUUUUACCUCUCAAAUUAUAAUUAAUAAAGCAAUUUUUUGGAUUAUUUUGGU